CCAAAUUCUUAUUUUGAUCGUUCAUAAUAUUCCAAUUUGUAAUAAAAUAUGUCUUUUGUUUUCAAUGAUGAUUACUUACAAUUUCGUAUUUUACCCAAUAAAAUUGAAGAAAUUGAUUGGGAACGAGAUAAAGAUUUUAUACAUAAUAUACAUGAUUCAAAGAAAAAUGAAUAUGUCAUUCAUGAUCUUCAUAAUGGUAUUCGUACUAAUGUCGAUGAAAAAGGAUAUCGUCAUCUUGUCUGUGUGAUUUGUGACAUAAAAUUAUCGAAUUGGAACAGUGUCAAGGCACAUAUUACUAAUGUUCAUGAUGAUAUGUGUCAAUUAUUGCGUCGUACACGAAUCAAACCGAUUGUUGGCAUCGAUCAGAUUGAAGAAUAUAGAGACAAUGAGAACAAAAUGGUUGAAUAUAAAUGUAAUCUAUGCGAUCUGUUCUAUGCACCUAAAUACAUUUUUUGGCAUAUAAUUUCUUUUGACCACAAAGAAAACUUUUUUAAAACUUUAUACUCAAUCGAUUUCAUUAAUCAAAUUAAUGAUGGACGAUUGAAACAUGAAAAAAUCGAUAAAGCAUUACUUAAUUAUGAAAAAGAUCAUCCAGAUCGUGGAUAUUUUCAGCAAAAAGAAUUCCAUCCAGGAAUGGUUGCCAGUCAUUUUGGUAUCAAACACAAAAUGAACAUUAAUUACGUACAGCGAUUAUAUCCACAAGAAACAAAACGAGUCCACAACCUUGAAUCUCAAAUAAAAUAUAAACGACCUUUAAACAUUCAAAUUCUAUCGGAUAGACAAUUUGAACGAAAAAUUUUGUUACAAAAAAUUAAUCAAUCUUUAAUGGAAUAUCAGAAAUGA